UUUAGAAGCAGGAGAUGAUGCAGCGAGCUUUUAUAGCUAUCCUCACCUUCUCUCUUGGGACAGCUCCAGGCCCUUUCUCUUCUGGUGCAUCUCUCACACAGGUUAAGAACUGCCUGAUCCUUUCCUGAUUCAAGUGGAAUUGUUUUCUUUAGCAGGGGCUGCUCCCAGGUACAUCUGCACCUACUACGAUGUGGUUGAGUACCUGAACAUCUCCUCCCACAGCAAGCUGCAUGCACACAUACUGCCCAAGACAGACUUGAACGAGCCUGUGGAGGUGAAGAUGGAUUUCAUGCUGAUGGCUAUUCUCUCUGUGGUCGAAAAGCUCCAGACGGUCACGUUUUACUUCGUUUUGAACCUGGAGUGGAAAAACACUUUUGCAACCUGGAACCCACAGGAUUUCUGUAACAUUUCCAAAGUCGUUCUGCCCAUGGAAUCCUAUUGGUCUCCCCCCAUCUUCAUUUUAGAGCGAGUGAAUGGACAAAACGCCAACUUGGAUUACAUGAGCAUCACGCACAACGGCAGCUUCAACUCCACUCAGCCCUUCCAGGUGACCUUAACCUGCAGCUUGAUGAUCUUCAAGUUCCCCUUCGACACCCAGACCUGCAACUUGAGCAUAGCCUCAUUUCUCUACCCAGCAACAGACCUGGUUAUGAAGACGAAGCGGACACCAGAGGAUAUGAUGAGAGACAGCCAGAGUUACUUCCUAACUGAUGGAGAAUGGAAGUUCACCAACCUCAGCAUCGUUGAAUACAUGGAAGACCUGGAUGAUGGACAGUUUUCUGUGGUCACCUACAUGAUUUCCAUGGAGAGACGACCCACUCUGUAUAUUUUGAACCUGAUCCUGCCAACAUGCGCCCUGUAUCUGCUGGACAUGGCUGUGCUGUUUGGACCCAGCUCUCUCGAGGAGAAAAUCGACUUCCAGAUUGCCAUCAUCCUCGGCAGCUCCAUGCUAGCUGUGAUUCUCAACAACAUCCUCCCAACGUCCUCCAACAGACCCCCUGUAAUAGUGGUGUUUUUCCUGGGCACCUUCCUCCUCAUGAUCAUGGCUGUGUUAGACACCUUCCUCCUGUUGCACCAGAAGCACAAAUCCCUCUACUUAGACAAGGUUCUCAGAAGCUUCCAGCAAGAUGUGCACACCAAGCUGACAAUGAGAACCAUGGCCAAGCAGAGCACAAAACACCUGGCCAAGGAUGGUGCCCAACAGCCAAACCUUCCCAAGAAGGCCCAGGGAAAGGGACAACCAGCCAAGCGCCAUUGGCAACCACAGGAGCAGGACCUGUUCCUGCCUGCUCUGGAGAAGGUGCUUCUCUACAGCCACUUCUUCCUGUCCCUGGUUUUCUUUGCUAUUAUUUCUGUUAAAUGGAGCAGCUGAAGCCCAGCUCUGGGUCAGUUGCUCUUCCCUGCAUUGCUUCUAACCCUUCUGUGUAGCUUUUAUCCAGCUUCAUUCAUUGAGCCGCAGUUGUUUCAGUAACACCAUCACAAAGACAAAUCCACAGGGUGUGAGAUCUGCAUGCUUAGCUCUUCAUGCUCUGUUCAGCAGAACUACAUCUGCUUCUUAAAGCACUGUGUGGCUAGCAAGGUAUGUCAAUAAAGCAGUUGUGAAAUCUAGGGCUAACACCUCCAUCCUAUUCCUCUGUAAUUCUCACCACACGCAUGACCAAUGGAAAGGGAUUUAAUGCCCAUCUCUUACAGAGAUGUUUCCAUUUUGGGGAAGGGUGUUGGAAGAAUCCCACCUCAGAUAAUGAAAUAAACCAGUGCAAGUCUGAAGCAUUUGUUUCUGUGAGUUUCAGUGAGCUCUGCACCAUCCAGAAACCAGGGACAGAGAGAACAGGAUCACCAAGGUUAAAGAGGUGAUAGGUGGGAUGUU